GACGGGCGGCGUGCUGAGUGGCGGCGUGGUGAGGGGCGGCUGGCUGACGGGCUGCUGCGGGGUCCGGGCCGCCAUGAGCCGGUACAGCGUCGAGGAGCGGGCCGCCCCACACACCUUCGACUAUCGCCUCUUCCUCAAAAAUGAAAAAGGACAAUACAUAUCUCCAUUUCAUGACAUUCCUAUUUAUGCAGAAAAGAAUGUGUUCCACAUGGUUGUGGAAGUACCUCGCUGGACUAAUGCAAAGAUGGAGAUUGCAACGAAGGAUCCUUUAAACCCAAUUAAGCAAGAUGUCAAGAAGGGGAAACUCCGUUAUGUUGCAAAUGUGUUUCCGCAUAAGGGUUACAUUUGGAACUAUGGUGCCAUUCCCCAGACUUGGGAAGAUCCAGGAUGUAAAGACAAGGAUACUGGCUGCUGUGGCGAUAAUGAUCCCAUUGAUGUAUGUGAAAUUGGAAACAAGGUGUGUGCGAGAGGUGAAGUCAUCAAAGUGAAAAUUCUGGGCACAUUAGCCUUGAUUGAUGAGGGUGAAACUGAUUGGAAAAUCAUUGCAAUCAAUGUUGAAGAUCCCGAAGCAGCCAAUUAUAAUGAUAUCAAUGAUGUCAGAGAGCUGAAACCUGGAUAUCUAGAAGCAACCGUGGACUGGUUUAGAAGGUAUAAGGUGCCCGAUGGAAAACCAGAGAACCAGUUUGCUUUUAAUGCAGAAUUCAAAAAUAAGAACUUCGCAAUUGAUGUCAUAAAAAACACUCACGAUCACUGGAAGACUUUGGUAACCAAGAAAACAGAUGGAGGAGAAAUCAACUGCACAAAUACCACUGUAGCUGACAGCCCUUAUAAGUGCAGUCCAGAAUCUGCUAAAGCCAUUGUGGAUGCAUUACCACCACCUUGUGAAUCUGCCUGCGUACCAACAACAGAUGUGGAGAAGUGGUUCUAUUACCAGAAAAACUAAAAGACUGCUCCAGAGUACAAGUUGAAAUUGCUGUGUGGCUUUCAUCAGGAACACUAGCUAUAAACAUAGUAGCUUUAUGAAUUUAAAGCUUUGAAGCGGUAACAAUUAAAGCAGAUUCCAUGUUGACCAAUUGCUCAGAAUUUGAUGCCGGUAUAGAAGCGUUUUUCGUACAUCAGAUUAGCAUCAUGCAUCCUCAAAUAUCCUAAUAGUUGUUAUAAUUUGAAAGUAAGUUUAUGUAUAAAUGUGCUAAAAUGGGUACGUAAUGGAUGUAUAUGUUUACUGUGGGCUAGGAAAUAAAAUUAUUUUGCUGACACCCUGUUUGAGGAUAAUUAUGUAAUUCUGCAUAUUAAAACGAUGGAUGUUU